UUCCCUCCCCACACGUACGCGCUUUGAUUCCUUCUGCAACCACCUCGAGAAGUUGGAGUCACGAGAGACCCCAACUUCGCAGUUUUUGUGAUCCGACCUGUUGAUGUUUUUAUCGGUCUCAUUGAAACGCUCGCGGUUGGCCCAGCUGAAACACACACCCCCUCUCUGAGGUGUAGACUAAGCUCAAAAGCAAGCAAGAGUUUGCUCAUCAGCAUCCGUUCCGCGUUUCACCUUGUGCUAGCUUCUUAUCCGCAUUCGCUUUCAAGGGUUUUAUUGUACUGUAGUUAUUUAAACUACUUGUUUUAAUUCGCGAGGUUUGUGUAGAUGCGACGUGAUAUUUAUUUAGAGAGAAGAGCUAAAUGAAGAGGGUCACACACAUGUAGCCGUGGUGAAGCUAGCCGAGGAAGUGGACAGUUACUUUUCCAUCCGUGUACGGUGGAAGGAGUCGCCUGAAGGAUUGUUUUCUUAACGUACAGCUAUGGAGGAGCUAAAUGUCACAUAAAGGCUGACGUUUUCCACUUUUCGGGACACUGAUAACGUUACUUUCGCCAUAACUGGCGGUUAAUUUGCCUGUAACUGUAGAGUUAAGUGAGUUAACGUUAGCUGGGGAUUCAUAAUCCACCGCUAGCUAUUAGCCAUUCCUCCAAGGUUUUAGUUCACCGAGUUGUUUAUUACCGUAUUCACAGUUAAUGGUGUGGCAGUUAGGAAUUCGCGUUGAUAAAUUGAUAGAGUGCGUUUAGAAGAUGUCCUUUUUCAAUUUUCGGAAGAUAUUUAAGCUGGGCACGGAGAAGAAGAAGAAACAGUAUGAGCACGUUCACAGAGACUGCAAUCCUGAAGAGGUGUGGGAGAUCGUGGGAGAACUCGGAGAUGGAGCCUUUGGGAAAGUGUACAAGGCGCAGAACAAGCAGACUGGGAUCUUGGCUGCAGCGAAAGUGAUCGAUACCAAAACAGAAGAAGAGCUGGAGGAUUACAUGGUAGAGAUUGACAUCCUCGCUUCCUGUGACCAUCACAACAUAGUCAAACUGCUGGAUGCCUUUUAUUACGAGAGCAAACUAUGGAUUCUCAUUGAGUUUUGUGCUGGAGGGGCGGUGGAUGCUGUUAUGUUAGAGCUGGAGCGGGCGCUAACAGAACCUCAGAUCCGGGUUGUGUGUAAACAGACGCUGGAGGCGUUGACCUACCUCCAUGAGAAUAAGGUUAUUCACAGGGACCUAAAGGCUGGAAAUAUCCUCUUUACUGGAGACGGGGACGUCAAAUUGGCUGACUUUGGAGUGUCUGCGAAGAACACAAAGACCCUACAGAGAAGAGACUCUUUCAUUGGAACGCCAUACUGGAUGGCACCCGAAGUGGUAAUGUGCGAGACGUCAAAGGACAGACCGUAUGACUACAAAGCAGACAUCUGGUCACUUGGGAUCACACUGAUCGAGCUGGCGCAGAUCGAGCCGCCCAACCAUGAGAUGAACCCAAUGAGAGUCCUGCUAAAAAUAGCAAAGUCUGAUCCCCCCACACUUGCCUCUCCAUCACGCUGGUCUCCAGAGUUCAGUGAUUUUCUGAGGAAGGCUCUGGAUAAGAAUAUAGACAACAGGUGGAAUGCUGAUCAGCUUCUACUGCAUCCAUUUGUUACGAGUGUCGUGGAUAACAAACCAGUGCGGGAUCUGAUCGCCGAGGCCAAAGCGGAAGUGCUUGAGGAGAUUGAGGAGGGGAAAGAGAAAGAGGAAGAGGAAGAGGAGGAAGAAGAGCCUGAAGCACAGCCGGUGGUGCCUGGACACAAACGUGCAUUAUCGGACACCAGCAUUGGCAGCUCGGAGGAUGAGAGGCACACACCAACUCUUGAGUCGGUCACAGAGAAGGUUGAACCUGAGAGAAAACACAGUUUAGAGGAUAAAGCUAGUGACAAGACCUCCGAUGCGAGAGAGCCGGAGCUCGCUGAAGGUGAGAAGAUGAACGGGGGAAGCGCAUCAGACACCAGCACAGAGGACUCGCGCUCUGUUGAGGAGACCAUACCUACACCAGUCCCCAACGAAGAAGAGGUUUCUGAUCAGCUAAACUCUCCAGCCACAAAUGACGCUGAAACUGUCCUCCAAAAGAUUGUCAGUGAGGAGACUGGAGAGGAGGAGAAGAAAGAAGUGAAGGCGCAAGAGCCAGAAGAGAAGAAAGAAGAACAGAAUGAAGGAAUGCAGAAGAUCGAGGAACACAAAACACACAUCACCACAGAUGCUACAGAAGAAAUUGACCUGCUUUUAGAAAGAGAUGAACAACAGAUCAAACCUGACAGUGUUUCUGAACAAGUCGUCACUGAAGAAACUGAGGAAGAGAAAAAGCAACUGGUUGGUGAAGAGAGAACAGUAACCUCACCAGAUGUUGCUACAGGAGACGUGGAAGAGAAGCUUCCUCAGGAGGCAACAAAAACCCAAGAUGUUGCUGAAGAGAAGACUGCGAGAUCCGAACCCGAAGAUGCCUCCGAAACGAAAGCUAAGCCUGUACCACAAAACAUACCACCCGAUGUCAUAGGCCAGAGCCCUGUGAAUGAAAGGCCUGGUGUUUUCAUCAAUGGUGCAAAAGAAGAAGAGGUCGUGGCAACAGAAGAAGCCAAUGCAGACAGACCAGAGACCCAACCUCAGCGGGACCUGAAAGCAGCCCCUGUGGCUAAUCCUGAUGUUGAAAAGGAGAAGGAUUCUGACUCGGGCAGCAGUUCAGCUGCGGAUACUAACAGCAUCGACAUCAACCUGUCAAUCUCCAGCUUCCUCUCCAAAAGCAAAGAGGGAUCCAUGUCAUUACAGGACACCAGGCGCCAAAAGAAGACCCUGAAGAAGACCCGCAAGUUCGUAGUUGAUGGGGUGGAAGUCAGCGUCACCACUUCUAAGAUCGUCACAGACAAUGACACCAAGAGCGAGGAACUUAGAUUUCUGAGGCGUCAGGAGCUUCGAGAGCUCAGACUGUUGCAGAAAGAAGAGCAGAGAUCUCAACAGCAGCUCAGCAACAAACUCCAGCAGCAGAAAGAGCAGCUCUUCAGACGCUUCGAGCAGGAGAUGACUGGGAAAAAGCGUCAGUAUGACCAGGAAGUGGAGAACCUUGAGAAAACUCAGAAACAGAACAUAGAGCGUCUGGAGCAGGACCACACCAACCGACUGCGGGAUGAGGCCAAGAGGAUCAAAGGAGAGCAGGAUAAGGAGCUCUCAAAGUUCCAGAACAUGCUGAAGAACCGCAAAAAAGAGGUCAAACAAGAGGUCGGACUUUCCCCCAAACACAUGAGAAAAGAUCUCUUGAAACGCUUAAAGGAAGACCUAGCAGUCAUUCGACACGAAGAGGAGCAAGAGUUUCUUCAGAGGCAGCAGCAGGAGCUGGAUGGAGCGCUGAAGAAGAUCAUCCAGCAGCACAAACUGGAGAUCGCUACUAUAGAGAGAGACUGUCUCAACCACAAGCAGCAGCUCAUGAGAGCUCGGGAGGCAGCCAUGUGGGAGCUGGAGGAGCGCCACCUGCAGGAGAAACACCAGCUCCUGAAGCAGCAGCUGAAGGACCAGUACUUCAUGCAGAGACAUCAGCUUCUCAAGAGGCAUGACAAGGAAAUGGAGCAGAUGCAGGGUUUUAACCAGCGGCUGAUAGAAGAAAUGAAGAACAGACAGGCUCAGGAGAGGGCACGCCUGCCAAAGAUCCAGCGCGGCGAAGCAAAGACCCGCAUGGCGAUGUUUAAAAAGAGCUUGAGGAUCACUGGCACAGGAACACCAGAGCAGGACAGGGAAAAGAUCAAACAGUUUGCCGCUCAAGAGGAGAAGAGACAGAAGAACGAGAGACUUCAUCAGCAUCAGAAACACGAGAACCAGAUGAGAGACCUACAGCUGCAGUGUGAUUCCAACAUCAGAGAGCUUCAACAGAUGCAGAAUGAGAAGUGCCACCUGCUGAUUGAACAUGAGACUCAGAAGCUGAAGGAGUUGGAUGAGGAGCACAGUCAGGAGUUGAAAGACUGGAGGGAGAAGCUUCGGCCCAGGAAGAAGGCUCUGGAGGAGGAGUUCACACGCAAACUGCAGGAACAGGAAGUAUUCUUUAAGAUGAGCGGAGAAUCUGAAUGUCUCAACCCAACGGCCCAAAGCAGAGUCUCCAAAUUCUACCCUAUUCCAAGCAUUCAGUCCUCAGGCUCAUAACCUUCAUGCUGUAGCUUUGUUUGAAGCACCGAAAGGCUGUUUUUGUAAAGGGGUCAAAUACCAUAGGAAAGGUAUGACAUCAGAAUAUAUGCAUGGUGUUGAAAUGCAAUUCUGUAUUAUGAAGAAUACAGGGAGGAUUUAUUUUAACAGUGAAUGACAAGAUAUAUGCAUUAUCUUGACGUGCUUUUUUGCCACAUUGAAUCCAAUGGAUUAAUGUUUUAGUUUUUUGUCUGUGGUCAUCUGGUGAUUUAUGUUUGAGAUAUCGGCACAAAUUAACAAUGGAUACACUCAGGCAAAAUCAUCUUUUUGGGAUACAUGAAGAGAUAAGCCUUAAUUGGGGUCACAUGGUGCAAAGCCCAUAAAAAGCAUGACGUCACAUAGGUGAGUUUGUGUUAGGUCACUUAAAAAAAACGUAAUGAAGGACUCUGGUUACCAUUGCGCUCUGUUCUCAAAAUGUUGCACAAAGGUUGCACAGCUAACUUUAAUAGCAUAUCAGUGCUCUUAUGCUGUCGUUAUCAGAUGUUAUUUGUUGUGGGGGGUUUUUUUCACUGCGAUUUUGCCGUAUUGAUCUUUUUUUAUUUUGAUGCAAGGUCAUUUUAAAACAAACUCUUUUUUUUAACUUAGGAAUUUAUUUACUCUUGAUACAUUAUGAUAAAAGACAUUUGCAGUGCCCAUACACAUAAGGAAUGUAAUAUAAACUGUAAGGAUCUAUAAUAGGAUUUUAUUGCACAGGUUUAAAACAAAUUUAACAUAUGCAGUGAUCUCUAAGUACAUUACAAGAAAUAGUGCCCUUAAAUUUUAUAUGAUGAUGUCGUUUUUCCUCAUUGUUUUGGCAAGUGACUUCCCAUCCUUAGCACCCAGUUUUUCUUUUUUUUUUAGCACAAUUAUUUCACAUAUUUGAAGGAGAAUAAGGCAGUCUUGGCUUUUGAAUGUUUUCAUAAAUGGUAUUAGAAGGUUAUUUAUGUGGUUUUUUUAUUGUUGCUUAUUUCAUGUUUCAUCAAGAGGGUAAGUAAAUAUAAAAUUGCAUGUUACAUUGAUUGUCUUUAUUCAUUUUAGUUUUUUGGAAGGACACAUUCUUUUAUUAUCAGAUAUAGAGCAUUGUUUUGAAUUGUCAUAUGCAAGCUUCAACAGUAUGCAAAGCAUUUUAAUGAAAAGUCUUGGACAUUUAUCACUGUUGCUGUGGACUUUUUACCUGAUUCAAGCUCUGUUUUUGAUAACAUGUUGUGCAAGACAGACACAUAUCAUGUUUUUGUUAUCUUAUCCAUGGUGGCACAUGCUGUGCUCAUACAUUAAUUCUGAGUGAAAACCUACAUGCUGUAUUUGACCAGAGCUCUUCGAACAGAGCUUAGUGUUUAAAUGUAUGUACAUCCUAGUGUCAUACUGCUGAAAAUUCACUUUGAUGAAUAUCAGAUGCAUUUUUGAGGUCAAUUUGAUUCUAUAUGUAAAAGCUUGUGUCCAUUGUUAUACUGUAAGAAUGCUGUAAAUAAAACUAUCAUUGUAUUUUGA